AUGGCGGCGGCGGCGGCGGCGGCCGCGGCCGCCCUGGGGGUGACGAUGGCGGCCGUCGGGAGGCGCCUGCGGGGUCGCCGCAUCCGCGAAGGGCCUCGGCUGCCCUUCACCGCCCGGCUGGUGGCGCACCGGGGGGGUGAGGCGGAAGGGAGGAGGGGAAGCAGAAGUGAGGAGCUUGAGGCCUUUCCAGGUGCUGGGGAGAGAAUUGAGAACACUCUGGAGGCCUUCGAGCACGCGGUCUCCUGCGGCGCUGAUUGGCUGGAGCUCGACGUGAGGAGGACCAAGGAUGGGGUCCUGGUGGUCUUCCAUGACCAGGACCUGGCCAGGGCCUGCGGCACCCCCGGGGCCAUCCGGGACCUCAACUAUGGGGAGCUUCCUCCCUACCGCUGCCCCCUGGAGGUGACCUUCAGCCCUGGUCAAUUCUCCACCGGCUGCGACCGCCGCAUCCCGCGAUUGGAGGAGGUCUUCCAGCGCUUCCCCCGGCAGCCAAUCAGCAUCGAGGUCAAGGACGACGACGACGAGCUCAUCAAUGAGGUUGCUGCCCUGGUUCGUGCCUAUGACCGAGCACCAAUCACCAUCUGGGCCUCCUUCCGGGAGCCAAUCCUGGCCAAGUGCCGCCGGGCCCACCCCUCCAUGCCCUACUGCUUCUCGCUGCGCCGGGGGCUGCUGCUGCUGCUGCUCUACUACUGCCGGCUGCUGCCCUGGGUGCCUCUGGGGGAGGCUGUUCUCCUCUUCGUGCUCCCAGGGAUCAUCAACAG